AUGUAUGACGCGGCUAGAGGGACAACGUGCGGUGAUAACAAGUGGUGUAUAAAUGGCCUGUGUGUGUAUUCUCCAGAUGCACCCAGUAUUGAUGAAACGUGUCCGUUUGGUGACGAGCCCGGAAUAGUGUUUUCUAAUAAGACUUGUGAAACCUUUGUUACCAAUGAACCAAUUUACUGCUACCAAGAAGUCGUUCGCCGACGCUGCUGCAAAUCGUGUGGUCUUCAAAACACAGGCGUACCAGACACGUGCUCUGAUCACGUGACAGUCACGUUCAAUAGGAGAUCGUGUUCAGAAGUUGUUGCAGAGUCAGCGUCCAACUGCUACUUGGACUCUGUCAUAACAUAUUGCUGUGGUUCAUGUGCACAAGUCUCCACUGGAACACCCGGUUGUGAAUAUGGUGAUAAAGCUGGACCCUGUAGUGUGGACAACUGUGGCUCCACAGAGUCGGAUGGAUCUAAUUACGACAUCCGCUGUUGUUGCGAGUACGGCGACACAAAUCCGAAACUCUGCGUUGGUGUCACUCCCCAGUGCUAUGGAGUAAAGUGCUUGACACAAAAGGUAACAACAGUUAAUGUUCCAUUGGCCCUCGACUUGCCAGGACAGAUUUACAGCCCUGAUGAUCAGUGUAAAAGGAUACGCGGUCCAGAAUCAAAACUCUGUCAGGGCCUUACGUUAAAAAAUGGUGUCAAUGGAAUAUGUUAUUACAUGUACUGCCGGAUUCCAGAGCAACCCACAUGUUCCAAGUAUGACGCGGCUAGAGGGGCAACGUGUGGUGAUAACAAGUGGUGUAUAAAUGGCAUGUGUGUGUAUUCUCCAGAUGCACCCAGUAUUGAUGAAACGUGUCCGUUUGGUUACGAGCCCGGAAUAGUGAUUCAUAAUAAGACUUGUGAAAAUUUGGUUACCAGUGAACCACGUUACUGCUACGACAAAAUCAUUCACUUCUUCUGCUGCAAAUCGUGUGGUCUUCAAAACACAGGCGUACCAGACACGUGUUCUGAUCACGUGACAGUCACAUUCAAUAGGAGAUCGUGUUCAGAAGUUGUUCGAGAGUCAGCGUCCAACUGCUACAUGGACUCUGUCAAAACGUAUUGCUGUGGUUCAUGUGCACAAGUCUCUACUGGAACACCCGGCUGA